CAGGAAUUUCCACAACUGUUACAAAUCCAGAAGGGAUAAUGAAAUUGGAAUCCAAAAACAUCUCAGAGAGUCUUCUGACGGCAGUUAAUUGUCUCAGCGUCAGAUGGGCUAUGCGAAUACAAAGCGUCUUUACUGCAGCUAAGCUAUUAGCUCUGAUUGUAAUCAUUCUCACAGGACUUUACGAUGUAGCAAUUAAUAACCACACUGAGAAUUUCGAAAAUGCAUUUGAGGGAAAUUACGAAAUUUCUCAACUUGCACUGGGAUUCUACUCGGGACUGUUCGCUUUUGGAGGCUGGAAUUUCCUCAAUUUUGUAACGGAAGAACUCCAAGACCCUUACAAGAACCUUCCUCGUGCCAUCUGGAUCGCCCUCCCAAUGGUGACCGGCGUUUACGUCCUUGCAAACGUUGCCUAUUUCACCGUUUUAUCAGGAGUGGAAAUUGAAAGUUCACCAGCUGUUGCUGUCUCUUUCGGCAUCAAAAUGUUCGGUUCUUUCCAUUGGCUAGUCCCAAUUUUCGUCGCCUUGUCUACUUUCGGUGGUGUUAAUGGCAUUCUUUUUACUUCUUCGCGAUUAUUUCUAACAGGAUCUCAAGAAGGACAUCUCCCCGAUUUGUUUUCCUUCAUUCACGUUAAACGGAUGACGCCUAUACCAUCACUGAUAUUUACAUGUGUCACCUCUUUAGCAAUGCUUUUAGUCAGUGAUGUCUUCGUUUUGAUAAAUUACUACGGACAAAUACUAUGGUUUUCCGUUGCGGCCAGCAUUGCGGGAAUGUUAUGGCUGAGAUACAAGCAACCCGAUAUGCCAAGGCCGAUUAAAGUGAAUAUGAGUAUUCCAAUUAUAUUUUUGUUCUGUUGCGCGUUUCUUGUGAUAUUUCCUAUUCCCUCGCAGCCGUGGAAUACAGUAAUUGGUGUUGUUAUUACUUUAUCAGGUAUACCAGUGUAUUAUUUAUGUGUGAAGUGGAGAAAUAAACCGGAAAAAUUCAACCGAGCAUCUCGAAGAUUGACGGAAAUACUCCAGAGUAUUAUGAACGUGAUAUCACCACAAGCGGAACAAACAUUGUCCCAUUCUUAAUUUAUUUUAAAUUUUUUAGGUUUAUUUACAAAAAUUAUAAUUUUUUACAAGUGUUUUAUUUGAAAAAUAUACUUGUAUGGCAGUA